GCCGGACAGACGGUACAGCACCGAAGUUAAAUACUAAUAUUUCUAUUUCUUUCUUUUCUUUCCCUUUUUUUUUUUGGUGGAAUUUCUCAGCUGCCAAGCAGACAAUUGCAGAAUUCCACUCACUGCUAAAAAUUUCCUCCGAUUUGAUCUAAAGCUCUUUCAAAGAAAAAUUAAACGCGACAACUUUAGGAGCUAAACAUGAUCGGAGUGGGCAAGAUCAAGCAGUACUCUAACGUCCUGGACAAACCGCUCAGCAAGGGGAAACAAGAGGUCAGUUUGAGUGCAUUUGCAUUUUUGUUUUCGGAGCUUGUUCAGUACAACCAGACACAAGUUGACAACAUUGCUGAAUUAGAACGAAGGCUGGAGGAUGCAGGCUAUGCAGUUGGGGCUCGAGUUCUUGAACUUCUCUGCCACAGAGAAAAGGGAAACCGAAGGGAAACUCGGUUGUUGGGUAUUUUGUCUUUUGUGCACAGCACCGUGUGGAAGGUGUUAUUUGGAAAGGUGGCUGAUUCCCUCGAGAAAGGCACUGAACAUGAAGAUGAAUACAUGAUCAGUGAGAAGGAGCUUCUCGUGAACAGAUUCAUUUCCAUUCCAAAGGACAUGGGAACGUUUAAUUGUGGAGCAUUUGUUGCUGGAAUAGUGAGGGGUGUUUUGGAUAGUGCAGGUUUUCCAGCAGUAGUAACAGCUCAUUUUGUACCUAUGGAGGGUCAGCAACGACCUCGCACAACCAUUUUGAUAAAAUUUGCUGAAGAGGUACUAAGAAGAGAAGCAAGAUUAGGUUAACGCUUGUGCCCAAAUACCCUGAUGUAAUUUUCCGGCAGCAAGAAAGCGAGGAAUGGUGAACUUUUCAUUUUACUAAUCAAACUGAUAAGAAUUAUCACUUGCCAAUUCUAUCACAGAUACACAUGGCUUCGUCGGAUUCCUGUUUACUUUUUAUGUAUGCUAUUCUUCAGGGCAUGGUUAUUUUAUUGAUCUAGCUAGUAUUGCCACUGCAAUUGAUGUAAAGUAUGUGUUAUAUUCGAAAAAAGAGAAAAAACCGAACUGAACUGUUUUUGUUUUGUGUGAAUUGUACUUAAAAGAGGAACAAUAUUGGAUCUUUCUCGUGCCUACCCAUUCUUAUUUGAGUUAAUUACUCCUUCCUCAUUUUAUAA